GAAUAUAUGAUUGUCUCCACUUCAUCCGAAAAACCUCUUACGAUUCUACAUUUACUCCACAACCAUCAUAUAUCAUCUGCGCUUUGUUUCACUAAAUCUGUGGAUUCAGCUCACAGGCUUUCCGAAUUGAUUAGAAUAUUUGAGAUAUUGUAUUCGCAAACGUUGAAAAAAGAAAUAAAAGAAAUAGAAAUAAACAAUAUUCAAAAAACAAAUGAAAAAUCAGAUAAUAUUGAUUUUGUUAGAUCAAUAGUUGCAGCAGAGUAUUCCAGUGAUCUAUCCCAAGAAGAGAGAAAAAAUAUUUUAAACAAAUUCAAGCAUGGUGAAAUUCAAUUACUAAUCUGCUCUGAUUUGAUCGCUCGCGGAAUAGAUAUUGAACGUGUAGACACAGUAAUAAAUUAUGAUGUUCCUAUAUAUAUGAAAAAAUAUGUUCAUCGUGUCGGAAGAACGGCUAGAGCCGGACGUAAAGGCGAUGCAUAUAGCAUUGUCGAGACUCAAGAGGUUCGGCACUUUAAAAAUAUGUUAAGAAAGGCUGGCCAUCUAGAUAAAAUUAAAAAUGUCAAUAUUAAGUCUAUCAAACUAGAGCCUUUAAUGGCCAUUUACAAGAAAUCUUUGGAAGCAUUUGGAGAAUACAUGGAUCAUCAGCCACAAAAUAUAAAGAUAAGUUUUCUUCAAUGGAUACUAAUGGGAUUCAAGAAAUCGGACAGGAAGACCAAAUAA